CAAUUAUUGAAUUGUUGCACCAAGUUUCUACAAAGCUGCGAACUUCGAAUCGAAUCAUCUAAUCUUCGUAUACCGCAUCCUUCACCUCCACGCCAGUCCAAUCCCGACUUCAACGCUAUAUCUUCAACAAUUCAACACCCGUACAGGACAUAUUGACCUAUAUUUGACGUAAUCUUAUAAUAAUAAUGGCUGGUGGUGAAGAGGGCCCCGCUGGCGGUUCAGUAUCUGAGCCUCUCGAUCUUGUGCGCCUCCUUCUCGAUGAGGUUGUAUUUGUGAAGUUGCGCGGCGAUCGUGAAUUGAAAGGACGCCUUCAUGCCUAUGACAGUCAUAUGAAUUUAGUCUUAGGUGACGUCGUGGAAACCAUCUAUACGGUAGACGAAGAUGACGACGAUGAGGAAAUUAGAACGACAACUAAGAAGUCCGAGAUGCUGUUUGUGCGAGGGGAUAGUGUCGUCCUUGUCUCCCCUCAGAACUCCUCAUGAGUGCUCACCGCUAGGGUGUGCCAAAUCAUGUUAAGAGCUUCCGUCACAUCAAGGUCCAUAUUCAUGACCAGCCAAGGACUUAAGCCUGAGUCCAAAACACGGAAUUCGGUCUAGGAGCAGGUGGAGUUACUUGUUGAAGUAAAUAGGAGCCGGUUCAAGGGAGACUUCAGAGGAGUUCAGACUAUCUCAAGAUGAAGAGAUACUUAAACCAGCACAGGUAUCACCAAUAUCCACAUACGCGGCCUAUCAAGAUAUGAUAGCCCCAGGUUUCCGAUCAUUGCAGUUCCAACAUCGUCCGUACUGCCGUUAGUUACAUCCGUCCAAUACAAGAUCUUGUUUUGCGAAGCCAGCUGUGUAUAGCUAUUAUGCACCUUUAUUUCCAUUUAAGCCUGGUUAUGCUAUAUUCUCAGGUCUUCCCUACAACCAUCUCCUAAAAGCCAUCUAACAGGCGAUUAAUAUUAGUCCCUAAUAAAAUAAAUAGAUAGGGUUGAUAACUUGUUAUAUCAAAUCCUAUAGCUUCUCUAUAUAAGCGUAGGUGUUAGCACA